CCCCAGUCUUUUCCCUCCUCUACCCUUUGCUCCGCCGCAUUCCCAGAAUCGCCAAGCGCACGCCACACUGCGGGACAGUAGCCGAGGAUUUCGGAGAAGUCCGGUUGCAAAAGCCCCGCCCCGCCCAUGCUCGUCCCCGCCGGGGUGGGUAAGGAUCCCGGACGCUGAGCCGGGGUCGGGCCCUGGGGAGCCGGGUGGGGAGAAUCGCUGGUUUUCCAGGAUGCCGAGCUCUAAAAAAGCACUUCGCUACUCCUGCUACCUCCCUCUCCGUGGAACAACUAGAUAGACGAGAACUUUGUACUCAAAGUUCAAAAAAGAAAGCAAAAACUGGGAGUGGUUGAAAUGGGAAUUUUACGUGGUAUAUAUGUUUCCAUAAUUUAAAAAAUACUAAAAAAAAAAAAAAAGAAAAGAAAAGAAAAAAGAAAGCCAGCCAGCAAGCCAGCAAAACCGGGCAAAAAACCCGCAGGUGGCACAAGGGCAGGAAAAAAGUGAAACUCCGUGACUCAGCGCGUGCUGGGCCUGCCCCGCCGGCCCACGAGGCACCGCCCUCAGCCGGGACCCCGGCGCCCUGGCGGGCGGGGACGGGUGACCGGGGGACGGCUGGAGCCGAGGUGGAGUCGCUGCGGCCGGCCUCGUGCACUUCUCGCGGCCGGGCGGACUAGACGGCGCAGCGGGCAGGCGUCGGUCAUGGCCGGCGGGGCGGCGCAGCCGGGGGCCGAGCUGCCGGCUUUGGCUCUGUUCCGGGACUCGAGCGCGCCGCAGCUCGCCCACGGCUACGGCCAGCUCAGCCUGCGCGAGCUGCGGGCUCGCGAAUUCGGCCGCCUGGAAGGAACUAUUUACCUUGACCAUGCAGGAGCCACGUUGUACCCCCAGAGCCAGCUCACAAGCUUCACUAAUGAUCUCAUGGAAAAUGUUUAUGGUAACCCUCACAGCCAGAACAUCAGCAGCAAGCUUACCCAUGACACUGUGGAGCAGGUGCGCUACAGGAUCUUGGCGCACUUCCACACCUCCCCAGAAGACUACAGUGUAAUUUUCACGUCCGGGAGCACGGCUGCGCUGAAGCUGGUGGCAGAGGCCUUUCCCUGGGUGUCCCGGGGCCCCGAUGGCGGCGGGAGUCGGUUCUAUUACCUCACCGACAGCCACACCUCCGUGGUGGGCAUUAGGAAGGUCGCCGCGGCCGCGAACGUCCCCUCCAUCCCGGUCAGCCCGGAGGACGUGCGGUCGGCAGAGGGACGCGGCGCGCCCGCCAGCGCCCCCGACGGCCAGCCCGCGCAUCUCUUCUGUUAUCCAGCGCAGAGUAACUUUUCGGGAACCAGAUACCCCCUUUGCUGGGUAGAAGAGAUCCAGUCGGGGCGGAUGUGCCCGGCGAGCGUGCCUGGGAGGUGGUCGGUGCUCCUGGACGCCGCCGCCUACGUGAGCACCUCGCCUUUGGACCUGUCGGCUCACCCCGCUGACUUUGUCCCCGUCUCCUUCUAUAAGAUCUUUGGGUUCCCCACCGGGCUGGGGGCUCUGCUGGUGAAUAAUCGUGUGGCUCCUCUCCUGAGGAAAGUCUACUUUGGGGGAGGCACAGCAGCCGCGUACCUCGCCGGAGAGGACUUCUAUGUUCCGAGACAGCCGGUGGCUGAAAGGUUUGAAGAUGGCACCAUCUCGUUCCUUGAUGUGGUCGCGUUAAAACAUGGAUUUGAUGCCCUAGAGCGCCUUACAGGUGGAAUGGAGAAUAUAAAGCAGCAUACCUUCACCUUGGCCCAGUAUACCUACACUGUCCUGUCCUGUCUCCGGUACCCCAACGGAGCCCCCGUGGUGCGGAUUUACAGUGAUUCUGAGUUCAGCAGCCCAGAGGUUCAAGGUCCUGUCAUCAAUUUUAAUGUGCUGGAUGACAAUGGGGAUGUCAUUGGUUACUCACAGGUGGAUAAAAUGGCCAGUCUUUACAACAUCCAAGUGCGGACUGGCUGCUUCUGUAACACUGGGGCCUGUCAGAGGCACCUGGGGAUAAGCAAUGAGAUGGUCAAGAAGCAUCAUCAGGCUGGUCACAUCUGUGGAGAUGACGUUGACCUUAUAGAUGGGCAGCCCACAGGAUCUGUGAGGAUUUCGUUUGGAUACAUGUCCACACUUGAGGAUGCCCAGGCCUUCCUCAGGUUCAUCAUAGCGACCCGACUGCACCUGCCCAGUGGCCAGCUUCUCCCUCAGACCAGUGCAGGGGAGGCCGGACCCCUGCUGGCAGAGGGCAAGGCCCAGAUGGCGCCUGCCGCAGCCGACCACCACAGUCCCUCACCCGUGGAGGACGCUCUCAUGGGCUGUGGGGUUUGGGACGACUCGCUGGCCUCGGCGAAGGCUGUGGGUUCAUGCCCCACCUUGUGUGAGGCCAACGGAGCCCUGCCAACGCCUUCAGAGAAAAGUGUGGCAGUGCUGGAUGGGGGCCUUGGGCCACACGUUGUCACAAACCUUUACCUCUACCCCAUCAAAUCCUGUGCAGCGUUUGAGGUGUCCAAGUGGCCUGUAGGAAAUCAAGGACUUCUGUACGACCGGAACUGGAUGGUUGUGAAUCAAAAUGGCAUUUGCCUGAGUCAGAAGCAGGAGCCCCGGCUCUGCCUGAUCCAGCCCUCCAUCAAUCUGCAGCGAAGGGUCAUGGUCAUCGAAGCCGCAGGGAUGGAGCCUAUAGAGGUGCCUCUUGAGGAAAACAUCGAACAGGCUCAGAUUUGCCAAAGCAGGGUCUGUGCUGACAGGGUAAAUACUUAUGAUUGUGGAGAAAAAAUUUCCAGCUGGUUUUCAAAGUUUUUUGGCCGUCAGUGUCAUUUGAUCAAACAAAGUUCAAGCUUUUCAAGAAACACAAAGAAGAAACAUGGACAAGAUCUACCUUCUGAUUCAACGGCCAUCCUUUCUCUGGUGAAUGAAGCACAGUAUCUGCUGAUAAACAGAUCCAGUGUGGUGGAACUUCAGCAGCAAUUAAGCACUCGUGAUGAGAAUGGAAUGGAGGAAUUAUUCCCAAUGAACAGUCUCAUCUCGCGUUUCCGUGCCAAUAUUAUUAUUAAUGGCACAAGACCUUUUGAAGAAGAGAAGUGGGAUGAGAUUUCAGUUGGUUCCUUGCAUUUCCAGGUUUUGGGGCCUUGUCACAGGUGCCAGAUGAUUUGCAUUGACCAACAAACUGGGCAGCGAAAUCAAGAUGUUUUCCAAAAACUUUCUGAGAGUCGAGAGAGAAAGGUGAACUUCGGUGUGUACCUGAUGCAUACAGCUUUGGAUUUAUCUUCUCCACGUUUCCUGUCCGUGGGAUCUCAAGUGCUCCCUGUGUUGAAAGAGAACGUAGAAUGCCAUGAUUUACGUGCUUCCGAGAAACUUCAGGAUACCAUCUCAUAAACAUUUUUUUGAGGCCUACAUUUAUAACAGAGAUGAAUUAAUUUUGGAACCCAAACUGCCAAGCUGAAGUCCUAGGUUUUGAGGUAAUUUCUAAAUUCUGAAAUCAUAUUGCUUAUUAUUACUGUAAAUAGAAACAUAUGUACUUUUAUUAAAUGUGAAUUUUUGCCUGUGGUAGUUUGAGGAUGGUGUCAAAUUAUUUGCUACUCCUCCCAAUGAGAGUUGGAGUCUAAUUCCCUUUCCUUGAAUCUGGGCUGGUCUUAGGGACUUGCUUGAAGUAUAAAAUGUAGUAGAAGUGACAUUCAGGGACUUAUGUGUCUUGGUCCUGGGAAGCCCUGUAGCUUUUGCCUGGGCAUCUUGGAACAUUCUCUCUGGGAGUGCUACAGCUACAUCAUAUGUACAGCACUGUCAGGUAAAAUACAGGAUCCCCAGACAAACAAUGAAUAAUUUUUAAAAUAUUACAUAUAUCCCAUGCAAUGUUUGGACAAAUUAAUUCAUCCCUGUUAUAAUUGUAAGCCUUUUAAACAGUGUGUCUGAAUUGAUAGAUAUUUUAGAGAAGCAGGCUCAGUGUUUCCUUUAAGUUGGCCUGAAAUGUUGCUGAUAUUGCAUGGGACAUACACUAAAAAAGUAUUUGCUUUUUGUCUGAAAGCCAACUUUAUCUGAGUAUCCUGUAUUUUCAUUUGCUAUAUCUGACCACCUGACACAUGUGGACCCUGGUUGACAGUGCAGUUGAGUUCAGCCUUCCCGCCAUCCUGCCAAGGCUCUAGACAUGCGAGUGAAGCCAUCUCAGACCCUCCAGAUCAGGCCAUCUGCCAGCUGAAAACCACCAAGCCACUGUAGUCACCACAGCACGGCACAGAAUUGCCCAGCUGAGCCCUGCCGAAUUCUUGACACUCAAAAGCAUAGGAUAUAACAAAAUGGUGGUUGUUUUAAGCCAGUAAGUUUGGGGUGAUUUGUUGCAACAUUUUAAAGAUGGACUAUGUAUCUCUAGUUUUAGUUUAGCUUUAUGUUUUAAUUUAGAUCUUUUCACAGCUGUGUUUGAGGUAAAAAUAAAUCUUUCAUGUCUAUCUUUUCUUUCAAAUAUUUCUGGAUAAGGGAAUAAAAAACUAAACCAACACUUUUUUUUUCAUUUUUUAUUAUUUAUUUUUAUUAGAGCAGUUGUAGGUUUACCAAAAGUCAUGCAGAAAAUAGACAGUACCUUGUACCCUGCCCACCUCACCCAGUGAUCUCUAUAUUAACAUUUUGCAUUAGUGUGUUAACUUUGUUACAAUUGCUGAACCAAUAUUAUCGUAAUUAUAUGACUAACUGUAGACCAUAGUUUACAUUAAGGUUGACUCUUUGUGUUGUACAAUCUUUUAUUCUGGUAACAUAUAUACAAUAUAACAUUUCCCAUUGUAACCACUUUCAAAUAUACAAUUCAGUGUUGUUAACUAUAUUCACAUUAUUGGCUACCAGCAAAACCAUCCAUUACCAAAAUUUUCCAUCACCCCAAACAGAAACUGUACCAAUUAAGUAUAACUCCCCAUUCUCCAUCCCAAUCCCUGCCCCUGGUAAUAUGUAUUCUAAUUAAUGAGCCUAUAAAUUUGCAUAUUCUAAUUUUUCCAUAUAAGUGAGGUCAUACACUGUUUAUCCUUUUGCAUCUGGUGUAUUUCCCUCAAUAUAAUGUCUUCAGGGUCCAUCCAUGUUGUUGCAUGUAUCAAAACUUCAUUCCUUUUUAUAGCUGAAUAGUAUUCCAUUGUAUUGUUUAUACCACAUUUUGUUUAUCCAUU